AUGGCCGCACCACAGGCGAUCCCCUCUUUCAAAGAGCGUAUCUCUUCCGGGCAGCUCGUCAAGCCCUCGCAGGACAUGCGGCGGAUCCGCUGGAAGCCAUUCGGGCCACUCGCAGACUCCGUCUACGUCGCCGAGGAUCCCAGCGACGAAUCCUCGCCUCAGAAAAGCUACCAGACGGGCCCGGCCAGCUUCCACCCGAUCUCCGCCUCGCCCCUGACAGAGCCGCCCGUCUCGUCCAUCACCGUGGCCCAGUCCGACCUCGAGGGCUGGGAGGAGGAGUGGGUCGAGGAGCACGUCCCCCACGCAGACGACGAGCAGGCCGUCUGGGUCGAUCUCACCCCGGGUAUUAGUACUGGGGCGGGAGAGGAGGAUGCAGAUGCAGGUGGUGAUGAUGGCGAGGGCCGGAGGCUCAUGCGCUGCUGCGGCACGAGCAGGCCCGUCGUGCCGCCUGCGCUCACGGUCACGCCAACGGCAUCGCAGCCGUUCGUCACGGUCCACGACUAUAUCACGGCGGUGCACUACUGGCUGCACACCAUCAGGGGGAGCAUCCUCGAGGCCAAGGGGGUUCACGAGGGCCAGCCCCUGCCGGAGAACACACAGUUCCACGAGAUAAUUAUCCCGGACCUGACCUUGGUCAUGCUGAAACAGCGCGAGCCGGAUGCGUCGCCGUCUUCUUGGAGUGUCGACCCGUUGACGCGUGUCUUUCAACAGAUCGCUGCUGGACAGACGCCGACGCCCAUGUCGCUUGAGGGCUUCUCGGAGGAGUACCUUAGGGGGCUCCGCGAGGACAGUCUCGCCAUCCAACGGGCGAGAAUGGCUUGGAGUGUGCGGGCCAUUUCAAAGGAAAUUUAG